CAUCCGGACUCGGGCGGUUCUGUAGCGGAGUGCUGGAGGGGAAAGCGCGCGAGGCAAGACGUAUGGUUGUCUCCGUCGGUUCUGAGGGAUAACCGUGAGGCUGGAGAGGCUAGCCCGGAGGCGAGGCUCCCUGGUGACUCUCGAAGACCGUCAGUACGGCGUGGAAACCAACACUGACGGCCUGCAACACUGACAGGUCCAGACGCCAGCACAGGGACCGACGUGCGCAGAGAACACGUACUGCCGACUACUCUCUUGUUUGAAGCUGCCACUCACGGCGAGGGAACCGUACUUUGGGCAGGUCUAUAAUGUAGUGACGUCUUAUUCACGGGAAUAAUCAGAGUGAUUGCGGUGCCACAAAGGAAAGGAGCGAAAGAGACUGAUUCGUAAGGAACGCCUCGCCUGCUCCGGCGCCUCAAGAUUUGGAGCAGACGUGUGAUACCUGACGGCUGGGACGUCCAGUGUCAGUUGCCAUCUUCCUAAUUCGAUAAACCAGUGAGCGACAUCUUUGAACCAUGGCCAGUUUUCAACCGUUCUUCCUGUGGAUAUUGGCUUUGUAUGUGGCAGGCUGUGCUGGGCAGACACAGGUCGACUUAAAGCUCCCUGACACAGUGAACGCCGUGGACGGAGACGCGGCAACCCUCCCGGUAACCUUCAACACACAGCGGAGGAUCAUGUCCAUAAUGUGGGAAAAGUUUGAUAAAAGGGAUGUCAGGAGACGAACAUUAGUCUAUUCGUACUACCCGCCACUUAACACCAGAGAACCGCAGAGAGACUACGCCGGCAGAGCGAGCCUCGUGGAUCAGGCUUCUCUCAAGUUAAACCCAACCGUCUCAGGGGAUGACGGGACCUACGUCAUCACCAUCAUGGUGGAAGGCAUCGGGAAAGAGGAAGGUUUUGUCAAACUCUCCAUCCUGGUCCCCCCAACAGUGCAGGUCGGUCCUUCUGACCCCUACGUGGUCACGUGGGGUCGAGCCGCCACCCUGUCAUGCGCAGUACUGAGCGCCAAGCCCAACAUCACAGCGCUCCACUGGGAGAAAGAUGGCGAGAUCAUUGUCAGCUCCAGACUCGGGAAGAAAUACUCCGGAGGAACCGUUCAGACGCCAUCUUUGUUGGUGCGGAACGUCAACAGAGAGGAUGCUGGGAUGUACACGUGCGUGGUGGAUCACGUGGUGCAAAGAGUCACUGCGAGUCUUCUGGUGAAAGUACUUUAUCCAGCUACUAUCAUCAGUAUUUCCGACUCUAUUUCUGCGGAAGAGGAAGACACGGUCACCCUGCAAUGUGUGGCGGACGGCAACCCUGCUCCCAACAUCACGUGGUCUAUCGACGGGCGGCCCUUACCCACGCAGCAAAGCAAGAUCUCGCGAGACAUGACGGUAGGAUCGGCCGUGCUGGAUAAGGUGUUUCUGAACGACAGUGGGAACUACAUGUGUACAACAACCAACGGGGUGGGAGAGUCCAGAUCCAAGUCACUCAGGCUCACUGUGUCACUUCCCUACCAGGGUAUGAGAAUGACGCCGUCCACCAUCGCGUUGAUCGUGGGUGUGUCAGCGGGCGGUCUGUGGCUCAUCGUCUGCAUCACUCUGGCCGCGUACUUCCUGCGCAGACGACACCGCCAGAGGGAGAAGAAGAAGUUCUCCCUGUACUACAGCGCCGGGAGGAGAGACAUGACGGAGGAAGGGAAGGACGCCACAGACGGGGACAAGGAACCACCGCCAUAUUCCGCAUUGUCUGCCAAGCUGUCUGUGAGGGGCUCUACACGCAGUGGAAUCAACACCAUGCGGAAGUCGCUGGCAAAGAAAGACAGAAGAUACGCAUGCGUGCUGUACUCCUACCAUCCGCGAGAGGACAAUGAGUUGCCUCUGGAGCCUGAUGACGUCAUCGAGGUGCUGGAGGGGGAAGAUGGCGGCUGGUGCCUGGGUUACCUGAGGGGCAGGAUAGGCCUGUUCCCCUCCAACUACGUCAAGUUUGUGUCAAGCAACGAAGUUGCUGCAAUGAAGUCCAGAAAGGCCCUGGAGACCCUGGAGUUGUCCGACGCCCCCGGCUCUAAGCGAAGCAUAUGAGAAACGCGCGAGGAAUUCGGUUACUUCCGCUCAUCACUGGUACACACGCCGCUGGGGAGUGCACUGACAAGUUAUAAUUGUUUCCUGUGACUAACGUUAUGACUUUUACGUCGUACCAAGAACAUGACAGUUAUUAUCUGAGAACGAUGUGGAAAAUCAACAUCUCAUGUGUAUAUUUGAACACUAACAUUCAUGGAGAACAUAGAAAACACAUGACAACUGCUUUGUGUACAUGUGGCCAGACAAGGCCUGGGAGGCUUCAACAAUGGCAAUAUGGGUGGAAAGGACAAAAGGAAAAAUUGUGGAUUGAGUUUGCUGAACGUUACGAUACACAAACUUGUCGAUUUCUCCAGUGUCUAAUGUGCACGCUUAGGAAACAGUUUGAGUUGUAUACUGUACAUGCCGUUUGACCCAGGCAUAUUGUACCUGUACAAUGUAUGUUCUAUGUGUAAAGGAUCCUUUGUCAAUGACCUAAUGCUGUUGAUGUAUAUAUAUUACAUGUUCAAGACACAACAUACAUGGCAUUGUAUCAUAGUUAUCGAUAGUGCCCUGGACUGCUCUAUAUUGUCGAUUCCUGUGAGGUGGUACUACAAUAUUCUUUGCAAAGAAGUACUGAUCAACAUCAAACAAAACCUGAAUGACUCCAAGCUUUUAAGAUGAAAUCGUCGUAAAUGUGGCGUCAGUAUUUUGCUAACAUCGUGUAAUCUGGUGCACAGUGCCUGCGUCAGUGUACAGAUAUGUACCCCAACUGACACAAGUGGCUGACUUAAAGUACCGUGUUUAAAAGUGCACAGUGUCUGCAUGGAGGUAGUUUUUCUACCUCCAUGGUGUCUGUAUGUUUCCAAGACUUUGCUUCCACACCACCAAGCGGAAUCUGUUGGUAGUUCAACUCUAGACAUUGAUCUUGAGUGUACUGGACUUUGGGGGCAUCUAGCGGAACUAAGAAGAGACGCAACGGCGUGAAGAGUUCCAACGUGGUCGUUUUGUCUGUACUGUUGUA